AUGUAUAAUAAAUCAUAUAUAAUUGGUUCUGGCUGUAUUAAACAAAGGGUUUUAAUUACUCGUACAUGGCGUUGUGUUUUAUUUGAUCAAAUAUUUGAUCCAAAUCAACAAUUAAAACAAUUUGGUAGUCUUAGAUGCCAAUUAUUUAAUGGAAAAAUUUAUUAUUAUCCAUCAAACAUUCAUCAUGAUAAUUUAAUAAAACAAUUUAAUCAAAAAUUUGAAUCAGUAGAUGCAUUAAUAAAACUAUUUCGUCAAAUACAAUUAAUUAUUCCAUCAGCAUAUCGAAUAUUUUCAAUAAUAUGUAAUUUAUCAUUAAAUGUAUUAGAUACUUGUCAACACUUUAAUUCAUAUACAACAUCAUUAUCUCUAUUUAAAAUAUUAACUGAAUUUAUAGCUUAUAAAUUUUUAACUGGAAUUGUAUUUCUUAAUGAUAAUACAUUUCGAACUGAAGAUCUAUAUUUUACAUAUGCACCUCGUUAUUCGGUACCAUUAUGA